GACCCUGCUUUCUGUGAUUUCGGGGAUUCUCGUGGUUUGUUGGUUGCUAAUUCUUUAAUGGAUUUUUGAGACCUAUUUCCUUACAUGUGUAUUUUAAAAGGAGAGAAGAAAAGAUAAGAGGAAGGUGUGGGAGCGUAGGAUAAAGCAAAAGAAGAGGUCUUUCUCAUACACGGAUCCCCAUGGAAUGCGGGAAGGAUGCCUAGCAUACCUUGCUGCAACACAUUCUUUUUGUUUAUUUUAAAGGAACCUGCUUUCUUGCCUUCGGAAUUCUGUCCAAAGAGACAAACAUAUAUACGGACUCUAACACAGCCAGCCCCAGAGAGAGAAGGAAACAGAGCAUGUGGAUUCAGUUGCGCUCAGGAGUUAGAUUUCUUUACUCAGAUGGUUAGAUUUGGUUUAGUCGCUUCCGCUACAAUCAAUAUAUAUAUAUAUAUAUAUCCAACAAAAAAUCUCUAGCUUCAAAUACAGGGAAGGCUAGACAAAAUGUUUCCUCGUGAUUGAGUUGCCUAGCGUUAAGACCAACUUGGCUAGACAAAAUAGGUGAACAAGUGAGACACAGAAGAUGAAGUCUGCGGAGAAUGGUGAUAACCAUGGUCAUGAAAACAACUGGUUGGGUUUCUCUCUCUCCCCUCACAUGAGUCUAGACGUUCCUUCUGACUGUAAUGACCAACAUCAACAAGAGAUCCAAGUGAUACGGCCUUCCUCUGCCGCUGCAGAUGCCGUUCCGGCGAGCUUUUAUCACUCCAUGCCCCUUCCUCCUAAUUAUGGCAUUUACUGUGGUGGGCUUGAUGGUGAAAAUGUCGGCUUCUAUUCCUCUCUCCCUGUCAUGCCCCUAAAAUCUGAUGGCUCUCUCUAUGUAAUGCAGUCACAGCCCCAAGUGGCAUCGUCUUCAACCCCGAAACUGGAGAAUUUCUUGAGCAGCUCGACAAUGGGGACCUUGAGCUUAGACAGCAUGAUUUUCGCCAACCAGUCCUCGCGUCGAGAACUCAACAACCCAAACUAUCUAAACCGCGUCGAACAAGGGCAAGACAUCCAGGCCCAACCUUUCUUAUCAUACUAUUCUGGCUUUAGAAGCCGUGAAAUGAUGUUGGAAGGGCCCAAGCAAAAUGAAGUUUCAGACUGUAAUGUCCAGUUCCCAAAUAUUGGACAGGAGGGAGCUUCAGGAAUGAAGAACUGGGGCAUAAGAAUCAGCCCAGCAGGUCAUGCACACGAGUCAGAGAUGAUGGUUAGUGUGGAGGAUAAUAAUGGUGGCGAAUCUGGGUCCAUCGGAUCAGUGGCGUAUGGGGAUUUGCAGUCACUGAGCUUGUCCAUGAGUCCUGGCUCACAAUCAAGCUGCGUCACAAGUUCGCAGAGAGCUUCGCCUUCUGUCAAUGAUUCUGUUGGCGUGGAUACGAAGAAAAGAGGACCUGAAAAGUUUGACCAGAAACAAAUUAUUCACCGGAAAUCCAUAGAUACUUUUGGCCAACGAACAUCCCAAUAUAGAGGUGUAACAAGACACAGAUGGACUGGUAGAUAUGAAGCUCAUCUUUGGGACAACAGUUGCAAGAAAGAGGGUCAGAGUAGGAAAGGAAGGCAAGUUUAUCUAGGCGGUUAUGAUAUGGAAGAAAAAGCGGCAAGAGCUUAUGAUCUGGCCGCACUCAAGUAUUGGGGACCCUCCACUCAUAUCAAUUUCCCAUUGGAGAAUUAUCAAAAUGAACUUGAGGAAAUGAAGAACAUGACUAGACAGGAAUACGUAGCUCAUUUGCGGAGGAAAAGCAGCGGAUUCUCCAGAGGUGCUUCCAUGUACAGAGGAGUAACAAGACAUCAUCAACAUGGGCGGUGGCAAGCUCGAAUCGGUAGAGUGGCUGGAAACAAAGAUCUAUAUCUUGGAACCUUCAGUACCCAAGAGGAAGCAGCUGAGGCAUAUGACAUUGCAGCUAUUAAAUUCCGUGGAGUAAACGCUGUGACCAACUUUGAUAUAACAAGAUAUGAUGUGGAAAAAAUCAUGGCUAGCAGUAACCUUCUUAGUGGUGAACUAGCCAGGCGGAACAGAGAGAUCGAUGGUGGUAACGAUCGGGCUAUCGUUCCUUUAAGCACAGCAUACGUUGGAAACCAGGAUGCGAUUUCAAUGCACAAGAGCUGCGAAGGCCAGUCAUCAGAGUGGAAGCUGGGAACGCAUAUCUUAAAUCGUUCCCAAUGGAUGACGGAACUCGACCAAAAUCCAGCAAGAAUGGAGACUUAUAGAACUCAAUCCUUCUCAAUACCUUUAGAUAACAUGAUCCAUCAAGUAGACGAAUCAACCAAGAUGGGAACGCACGUUUCAAAUCCUUCAUCUUUAGCGACAGGCUUGAGCAGCUCACGUGAAGUUAGCCCUGAGAAAACAAGCUUGCCAAUUCUCACUGAAGCGCCUUCGCUAGUGACAAGCUUGAGGCCACCACUUUCACUGCCCCAUGUGCCGGUGUUUGCUGCAUGGACGGAUACUUGAUUAGUCCAGUUCUUUUUAAAUUGAGAAGCGUUUUGUAUCCACAAUGCGAAGAAAGGGUUAGUAGGCUUCUUGGUGGUGAAAUUAGGGAUGGUGGGGGUUCUUAUUCACAGGUUUUGAUGCUUACAUUUAAUUGAGCUUUUCCCGAUGAAAGAGAAUUACCAAAAUUUCAAAUC